UUAACUGUGCCUGCCACUGUGCCUCAUUCACCCUGUAGAACCUCACAGCAUUCAUCCCGUACACCCACCAUCACGUGCACGCUUGCAGUAACAAACAUAUGGAGUACUACUGCUUCUUCCUCCUCUGGAUCUGUAGCCAGCGGUUAGGAUUCCAUGACUGCUUUAAUAUCGACACAAAGAAACCCAGGAUCAUCAAAGGGCCUAAACAAGCACAGUUUGGAUACACUGUUCAGCAACACAUAGGUGCUGGGGGAGAAAAAUGGUUAUUAGUGGGUGCCCCAUAUGAAAUGAAUGGACCCUACCAGACGGGAGAUGUUUAUAAAUGCUCAGUGACCAGAACCAACGGCAACACUUGUUCAAAGCUCAAUUUAGGGAGGAUAUCUUUGACCAAUGUGUCAGAGAGAAAGGACAAGAUGAGGCUGGGAAUGACACUCACAUCUAACCCCAGAGACAACAGCUUUGUGGCCUGUGGUCCACUAUGGUCCUAUGAGUGUGGUAGCUCAUACUACAGCACUGGAAUAUGCUCCAGGGUUAAUGCAAGCUUCAAAUUCUCCAAAACCAUCGCUCCUGCCUUUCAGAGAUGCGAGGUCUUUAUGGACAUUGUGAUCGUUCUUGAUGGCUCAAACUCCAUCUACCCCUGGUCUGAGGUCCAGGCUUUUCUCAUCAACAUUCUCCAGAAGUUUCACGUAGGACCAGGUCAGAUGCAGGUUGGAGUUGUUCAGUAAGGUGAGAAAUUGUCCAUGAAUUUCAAACUCAGCGACUACAAGUCAGUUGAGGAUGUGGUGAAAAGGGCGCGCAGCAUCAACCAGCGAGGUGGAGAGGAGACCAACACAGCCCUUGGCAUCAACACAGCACGCUCUCAAGCUUUCAAACAAGGAGGCCGACGUGGUGCCAAGAAGGUCAUGAUCGUGAUAACUGAUGGAGAGUCACACGACAGUCCCAAUCUCAAGCAAGCCAUAGAAGACAGUGAAAAGAUGGCAUCCACCCGAUAUGCCAUUGCUGUACUUGGCUACUACAACCGAAGAGGAAUCAAUCCAGAGGCCUUCCUCAAUGAAAUCAAAGAAAUCGCUAGUGACCCAGACGACAAACACUUCUUUAAUGUGACAGACGAGUCAGCACUGAAGGAUAUUGUGGAUGCACUGGGAGAACGAAUCUUCAGUCUAGAAGGAACCAGCAAGAAUGGCACAGCAUUUGGCCUCCAGAUGUCCCAGGCAGGAUUUUCUUCCCACAUGGUAGAGGAUGGGAUUCUGGUGGGGGCUGUUGGUGCCUACGACUGGAACGGUGCAGUGCUGAAGGAAACGGGACAGGGGAAGGUGGUCCCCCCUAAAUCUUCCUAUAUGCAGGAGUUCCCUGAAGAGCUCAAAAACCAUGGUGCCUACUUGGGUUACUCUGUAACAUCGGUGGUGUCAGCCCGAAGUGGUCGUCUGCUCGUAGCAGGAGCACCGCGAUUUAACCACACAGGCAAAGUGAUCAUCUUCACGCUGAAGAACACGGGCAACCUCACCAUCCUGCUUUCACUCAAAGGCCACCAGAUUGGCUCCUACUAUGGCAGUGAGAUCGCACCGAUGGAUAUUGAUGGAGACGGGAUAACUGACAACCUUCUGGUGGCAGCACCGAUGUUCUUCAGUGCGGGCUUGGAGAAGGGAAAGGUUUACAUCUACAGAGUAACAGAACUGAAUCGUUUCGUUCCUGAAGGCGUGUUGGAAAUCCACAACGGCGGCCAGAACGCUCGCUUUGGCUCAGCCCUGGCUCCUGUCCCUGACCUGAAUGGUGAUGGCUUUAAUGACUUGGCUGUGGGAGCUCCCCUGGAAGAUGACCACAAAGGAGCCAUUUACAUUUUCUUUAGUCAGCAGAACAGAAUACUGCGCAAAUAUAAACAGAGGAUAGCAGCAGCAGACUUGGCGUCAGGCCUGCAGUACUUUGGCCGGAGUAUACAUGGAGCGAUGGACAUGAACAACGAUGAUUUAGUGGACCUGACAGUGGGUUCCCUUGGUGCCGCAGUUCUUCUCUGGUCACAGAGCGUUGUCAGGAUAUAUACCAUGGUUCGGUUUGAGCCCAGUAAGGUCAACAUCUUUGUGAAGGACUGUCAGAGAGGUGGCAAAGACGUCACCUGCAUGUCAGCCAUUGUGUGUUUCAACAUCACUGCCAGGACAGCCAUCUCUCCCACACAGGAAAUAGGGAUCAAGUACAAUGUCUCCAUUGUGGAGCGACGUUUCAAUCCUCGAGCCAUGCUGGACGACCCCAAUAAGCUGCAGCCUCAAAACCUGACUCUCCUUCCUGGAGAGAAGACCUGCCAACACAUCUACUUUCAUGUUAUGGAAACGACUGACUAUGCAAGGCCCAUUGUGUUUGCUGUGCAAGUUGGCCUACAGGAUCCAGAUCAUGAGCCAGUUCUGGAUGACAGCUGGCCCACCACCGUGAGGACAGAGCUGCCCUUCUGGAACGGCUGUGACGAGGACGACCGUUGCAUACCUGACCUGGCACUGCACAGUAUGACCGACCUGAUGACUCGACAUCAGUUUUGCUCACGCCCCGUACACUUCCUUGGCGCUUUCUGUCGUCAUCAAAGUGAAGGCACAACUGAGGAAUCUCUGCGUGUGCUCGGGGGGAAUACAAAGAAGAUGGUGGUUGAUGUCAAACUGGAGAACAAAGGAGAGAAUGCCUACAACACAAUCCUCAAUAUCACCUACACGGCCAACCUUCGCUUCUCUAGCCUCAUAGUCAAGGACAACUCUGACAUCAAAAUUGAGUGUCGCGCAGACAACAACAUGAGGAAUGAGAAGAUCUGCAACAUCAGUGCCCCAUUCAUGAGAGCCAAAACACAGGUGUCAUUCCGCCUGGAGUUUGAGUUUAGUCGCACAAUCUUCCUGGAGCACCUCAGAGUCAUCUUGGAGGCCAGCAGUGCUGGAGAGGAAAUAAACACAGCUGACAAUUUCAACGAUAUCUAUUACUUAGUAAAAUAUGAGGGGGAUCUGCUUUUCACCAGGGAUUCAAAUCCAACUCGGUAUGAGAUCAAAUCAGACCUCUCUCUCGAGGAGCCAGGCGUCACAGGUCCCGCUUUCAACUUUACGUUCCAGAUCCAGAACCUUGGGUACUUUCCAGUAAGGGAUCUGCAGCUGAACAUCGAAAUUCCAGAAAUGACAAGAAAUGGGAACCAGCUCUUGCAGAUAUCCGAGUUCCAUAUUGACCAGAGAGAUGGUACAGACUGUCUGCCACCUCAGCACGUGGCACACAGCAGGGCGUCACCUGAGGACCUCACGCGCUUCUCCCGCUUGAACCGAACCAACACACUAACUCUGCCCAUCCAGUGUACGGUCAACGUGGCCUCCUACAGAGGAAUCGCAGUUAGAAUCACGGGGGCACUCAGGAUAGACACAUUACAUUCACUGAAGUUUAAAAUCCUGGAACUGGUAACCAGUGCUUCAGUGGAGCUCCCCUCCUCUAGCCCCAUGUUUUUACAUGAAGAGAGGCCUGUCAGACAUAUAAUACUGGAGGUCAGGAAGGAGGGCGAUAAUAGGAUCCCUAUUUGGAUUAUCAUUGGCAGCACGCUGGGAGGACUUUUAUUGUUAGCCCUGCUCAGUCUGGCUCUGUGGAAGCUCGGCUUCUUCCGGAGGCAGAAGCGGAGAGACAAAGACGAGCAGGAGGCCAACGGGAAGGUGGCCGAAGAGCGGUAACGCAGGCUGAGGGCUCCCAGCUGACACCUUUUCCACAGGGGACGCGACACUCAGGGACCAACCCAGCUCCCCCCUGCUCCCCAACACCACAGCGGCAGCGCAUAGAUGGCUCCACAUGAGCGCUGAAGCAAGGCUGACUCAGUGCACUGGACCUGACCCACCGCCCCCUGACCCCCGGAGUCAGCACUGUCACACUCACUUAGCAUUCCUGCACUGUUUCGAUGCAAGGGCCUCUCUCUGUCCAUGUAUUCCACUCCCCACCAUGUCGUCACUCCGCAGAUUGUGGGGUUCUGGUGCUUUUCCUGGCCGUUUGUAAAGAGGAAUGGGGCGAGCUUUGUCUGUUCCAAAGAUUUCAGGCAACUUUUGCCUUUGUGGCAAAUAGUAGCCAAUCACGUUCUUUCUCCUUUCUAUGGUUGUGUAUUUAUUUGACAGAUGGAAAAGUUCGAAGUAAAUGAAAAACCUCAGGGGUGACUCGCCACCCAGCAAUAGAUUUUAUACUGUAUAUUGAAUUUGAUGUUCAAAGGUUUUAUCUGACACAUGUUCAGUCAACGUAAUUUAUAAAGAAAAACAAAAACUGAACUAAAGCAACCCAGAUAAAAAGAAAAUUAUGUUUAUCCUUCAAAGACUUGUCUCAACUUUGAUAAAGUAUUCCUCUAGAAUAUCAUAUCCUGGAAUACACACAUGAUUGUUUUUAAAUAUUUGAUGCACUUUUUACAUUGUACAAAUGUAACUUGAAUAUGUAAAUAGUCAAGUGCCUCUUUAAUACCCGUUCAGUUUUCUGUUUUUCCACGGUAUUUUCCAUAUGGUUUAGGGCAUUCCUAUUUUUAACUUAAGCAUAAAGUCAGCUUUGUGUGAAAGUAGCGAUUACAGUAUGAAACUGCUGCACACCUUUUAACAGGCACUGCAUCAGAGCAACGGGUGUGCAUUAAAUACUGCAUGCAGUUUCUAAAAUCAGAAAUACAUGUAUGUGGAGGCUGUAACUGAAUGAUAAACAGGUGCCAUAAAUGAGACUCCAGUAGAUGAAUAUUCCUCCUGCUGUUGUUUUGUUGAGGUGUGAGAUGCUGUAAUAUGCAAAUAAAUAAACCAUUGUAUAUGUUAAUGAGUGUCCUUUCAGUGAAUGUCUGAUGAGUUGCAGGUGAAGAAAGAAAACCUGGAAAAGCUUGACUUUUGUUCACAAAAUCCAUCAAUAUCAUUGUGUGCAGUGAAGGAAAAUAUGGCAGAUAACGUUUAUUGAUUCUUGUUCUGGUAUUGUAGUGUAGCCUCAACUUUAAA